AUGACUGGUGCGAUCCGGCUACGAGUCCGUGGCCCGGAAGGACAGGCGACAAUCAGCAUAGACGGACAAGCAACUUGGAGUGAGCUCUGUCAGCAAAUAUCGGAAAAGACAGGUGUCGCAGAUUUUGACCUCAAAUAUGGAUUCCCGCCACAAUCAUUCAACACCGAGUCGAUCGGUGGCGACACUAAGCUUGCCGAUAUCCCACACAAGCUCAAUGGUGAACAAUUCACAGUAGCGCCUCGCAACGUACAAGCAAAGCUUUCAAGCCCUCGGGAAAACACAACACGAGCUCCUGAAACCGUCAAGACAUUGCCCUCCCACCAACAAACUUCGACGCCAUCACACAAACCAGGUCACUUCUCAGACAAGCCCCUCAACCUCACGAGAAAGAAGAAACCGCAAAUGGAAAGUGAACCUCCCGAAGUACCUGUUCCGAACCUGGAUGGCGUCAUGGUGUUACGAGUCAUGCCCGAUGACAACUCGUGCAUGUUCCGAGCACUAUCAUCAGCAGUCCUCGGCUCUGCAUUGGACGGCAUGACCGAACUUCGCUCUGUCGUGGCACAAACAAUACAAGCACAACCAGAUCUCUACACAGAAGGCAUGCUUGAGAAGAAACCCGAGGAAUACUGCCGAUGGAUACAACGCGAAGAUAGCUGGGGUGGUGGCAUCGAAUUGUCAAUCCUAAGCCAACACUUCGACCUCGAAAUCUGCAGCGUCAACGUCCAAGAUUGUCGGGUUGAUCGCUUCAACGAAGGAAAGCCAACACGAUGCAUCCUGGUCUACUCGGGCAUCCACUACGACGUUUGCGCAGUGACACCUUUCAGCGGCGCAGAGCCUGAAUUCGACCGGAAGGUGUUCGAUGUGGUGCGGAUGGACGGUGAGGAGAUUGAUGGCGGGGCGUUAGCAGGAGCUUUGGAGCUAUGCAGAGGACUGCAAAGCCAGCAUUACUUUACAGAUACCCAUGGAUUCGCUUUGAAGUGCAAGCAAUGUGGCGAAAGUGGCAAUGGGCAGGCAUGGGCGGUGCAGCAUGCGAACAGUACCGGGCAUGGUGACUUUGGUGAGAAGGACUGA